AUGUCCAUGGCACCGUCCGUCCCCGCCCUCGACACUUUCGCCUCACUCGCGUUCUUAUGUAUCUCGGCUCUGUAUUUGAAGGCUAGAUGGAAAUCGAGUCGUUUGCCUUUACCACCCGGACCCAAGGGUUAUCCUAUCAUUGGGAAUCUGUUGGAUAUGCCGCAUAGGUUUGAAUGGGAGGUGUAUCAUAGGUGGUGCAAAGAUUUUGAUACGGAUAUCCUGCACCUCAACGCUGGAGGAACGCAUAUUAUAGUUCUUGACUCGUAUCGCGCGGCACAGGAGGUGUUGGAAAGAAAGUCGACGAUAAAUUCCGGCAGGCCUCGACUACCGAUGGUGAAUGAGCUCAUGGGGUUGGAUUUUAAUUUCGGUUUUAUGGAUUAUGGUAUUUGCGUGCGACGAUCCCGGCGGCUGAUGCACCACGCUUUCCAUCCUUCCGCGGCGAAGCAAUACCGACCGCAAGAAAUAAACUCUGCAAGGAGGUUUCUUCGUCGGUUGUUGGAUGAUCAAGAUGAUAUAAUGGGCGAGCUCCGUUUACUUUCCGGAGAGGCAGUGCUUUCUUCCACCUACGGCAUCGAGAUCGCUUCGAAACACGACAAGUACAUUACUAUAGCGGAAGAUGGCACCGAGCCGGUUCUCACUGCGAUUAUACCAGGCACAUUCCUGGUCGACUUUAUCCCUGCGUUGAAAUAUGUCCCUGAGUGGUUCCCUGGUGCAGAGUUUAAGAGGAAAGCGCGGGAAUGGCGCCAGGCGACGUUUAGGAUGCGGGAUGUACCGUAUGAGGAUGCUAAACGGGAGAUUGAGAGGGGAACGCCUCUUGUUUCGUUUUGUUCGAUGAGCUUGGGGAAGAUUGAUGAGAGGCUUGAUAGGGAUGCACAAGAGGAGGAUAUUAAAUCGGUUGCAGCGACCUUGUACGGAGCGUAUACUACAGCUGGUGCAGAUUCGGUGAUGGCAGCCGUCGCUACGUGUAUCUUAGCCUUACUCAACCACCCCGACGUCUUCAAGAAGGCUCAAGCUCAGAUUGACAGUGUGGUUAAGCCAGGACGGCUUCCAGACUUUGACGACGAAGCUUCGUUGCCGUUUGUUACUGCAAUUAUCAAAGAAAGUAUGCGGUGGAGGGAGGUAACGCCUUUAGGAUUACCACACCGCGCAAGCGCAGAGAGUGAAUAUAAUGGGUAUAGAAUACCUAAAGGUUCCAUUAUUAUGGCCAAUUCAUGGGCGAUGCUUCAUGACGAAACUGUUUAUCCAGAGCCUUUCGCAUUCAAACCUGAACGAUUUCUCACUAACAAAGGUCAGUUAAAUAAGAGUGUCAAAGAUCCGGGACAUGCGAUCUGGGGGUUUGGAAGAAGAAUUUGUCCAGGACGGUAUAUGGCUGCGUCUUCAGUAUGGAUUACCGUUGCGUCGUUUAUUUCGGCAUUUGAUAUUGCCAGGGUGGAUGAGAGUGGUGGUCUGGACCAUGAAUAUGGAUCUGGGAUCAUUCGUAUUCCCUUGCCUUUCAAGUGUUCUAUACGGCCACGAAGUAAAGCUAUUGAAGAUUUCAUACGAUCUACAACAAGAGAGUAG